AUGGCCAUUGUCUCCAGGAAUGCACAGGUCGUUCCAGGAGGACUACUUGAUUCCACGCCCACAGGGAUGAUGGGGCUUCGCAUGGGGAAGCCAAAGACAAAAGGCAGGAUGCAGCUAACCCCCAGCGCGGCUGUUGUUGCGGCUCAUGGGGCGGCUUUGCCACUUCCACUGAAUAUGUGCAAAUCCCCCUUUACGAUUGGCCGCGAAAACAACGACUGUGGCUAUGGCUCCCGAGCGACCUCCAGAUGUCUCUGCGCUGGCAGCAAAUGGGCGUUGUGGAUAUCCCCGUUAAUGGCCAGGAUCCGUGCCAGAUCGUUGGCAAGCCACAAGCGCUACGUCAUCGUGGCAGUCGUCAUACUGCCCCAAGAAUCAACACAUCUUCCAAACGACAACAAAUCUCCUGCUAUAGCCCGGGAUCUUUAUUUGCUGCGCUCUACCAUUUGA